AUGCCCGUAUUUACUGCCAAUAUACCUGGUACCCUCAAAGUUGGUGACAGAAUCGAAAUUGGUGGUAAAAUUAAAGAGAAUGCUCGCAAAAUGUCGGUGAACCUAUGCGCUCAGGAGGGGGAGGAACCACGCGACGUGGUGCUGCACUUCGACGUGAGGUUUCACCGGGACAACAUCAUCUCUUUGUCGCGGAAGAACGGCAUCUGGAUCGGCAGCGGCAACUAUGAUACCAACUAUAAUAUGUUUGUGCCAGGAACGAUAUUCCGCAUAAUAUUCGAGAUUAAGGACACAGACGUGAUCACCAUCUACUGCCAGGGCAAGUUUCACUCCAACUUCUUGCCCAAGAUACCGCUGACUAUGGCCCGUUUCAUCGUCGCUUGGGCGGACGUCGAAAGGAUUACACACUGUUACUUCCAUUUCUCGAAUAAGGCAUUAGGUGAUGAGGCCGUCGGUGGCGCUCCAGGCGCGUAUCAGCCACAAUCUCCUCGACCCACUAUGGUAGCUGGCGAUAUUAAACGAUGCCAAAGGUUGCACAAAAAGUCGGUUCCCGGAUCCCCUCAGCUGCACUCCUCGAACGAAAGCUCAGACGAAGACCAAAAACCAAGGACGAAAGCCGACGGCCGAGCCGACAGGUACUUCUACGAGACUCUCAUGUGCCAACAGGCUGAUCAUCCGAAAUUCGGCUCUCCAGAGUCUAUGAAACGACGGGACCCAAGUUUAGCUAGAAGUAAAAUAGAAUAUAGGAAGUAUAGAGAGGUAUCUGACACAGAGAAGGACAGCGAAGAUUAUUCGGAAGACAUGCCUUCCAAACAUAUGGAUUCUUCGCUCGUCGAGUCAGACGAUGUGCUACAGGAAUUGGGCCUAAAAAAGCGUAAUAGGCGAGGCAAGUUCGCGCCAUUUGCACAAGUCGUAAAUUUUAUGGGAAAGACGACCAGGAGAAAUUAGUUCUGUGCUAUGGUAAUCGAUUGUAUUUCAACUGGUAGGUUGUGGUUCGCGCCAUAUUACUUUGCUACUCUGAAGUUGGCUAUUUGACUCGCAUUUGUUCGUACAGAUUUUGCUGGUCUGAAGUUGCCUUUUGACUUCUCACGAGUGGAAAAAAUUGUGAACAAAAGCGGGGCCUUGAUAGAGGUGUCAAAUGACUAAGUUCAGAGCGGUAAAGUCACGUGACGCGAACCGUUAUAGUCGAGUUAUUAUUCGUUUAUAUUUUUUGUAGUUUUGUUUGUAUUUCUAAUAGUGUUGUUUUUUUAACAAUGAUUAGCGGUAAACAUGUUGGGGAGGUUCAUUUUAUUUAAUAUUAUGAUUGUCGUCUUUACUGUUUAAUGGAACAUCAAGGUUAACAUGUAAUAUUAUAAAUGACCGCUUUGGUUAAAAAAUAAUAUAUUUUGUAACAGUGUUUUUAAAAUAAAAGUUUGGAAAAAU